GGACCAGCUGCCAGGUGACUGCUGCUUGUCCCCAGCCCGUGUUUGUCACAGGUUUCACUUCUUGCGGUUCCUCCUGCUGCCUCGUUGCAUUGUGCGCUCAGGUAUUCCUGCGAUUGCAGCUGCAGGGACUUGCCAUGACCAGUGCUCUCCAGGAAACACCUUCACUCGAAGCCUCUCAGUUAGAGGAUGUUGAUGCUAAGCUGUCCUUCCUGCCUGAAAGACUGAGAAGGAAGCUGCUUCCUUUUCAAGAAAAGGGCAUCAUAUUUGCACUUCAGAGAAGUGGCAGGUGUAUGAUUGCUGAUGAGAUGGGGCUAGGAAAAACAAUUCAAGCAAUUGCCAUUUCAUAUUACUAUAAAAAUGAAUGGCCUCUCUUAAUUGUAGUGCCUUCCUCUCUGAGAUACCCUUGGGUGGAUGAGAUGGAGAAGUGGAUUCCAGAACUCUCUCCAGAUGACAUUAGCAUCAUUCAGAACAAAACUGAUAUUGGGGGAAUAUCAACAAGCAAAGUAACAAUUCUGGGGUAUGGGCUGUUAACAUCUGAUGCACAGACUUUGGUAGACACUUUGUACAGGCAGAAGUUUAAGGUGGUUGUGAUUGAUGAGUCGCACUAUAUGAAAUCCAGAAAUGCCACCCGUAGCAAGAUUUUACUGCCAAUUGUUCAGAAGGCUCUCAGAGCUGUUCUCCUUACUGGAACUCCCGCUCUAGGAAGACCUGAAGAGCUCUUCAUGCAGAUUGAGGCACUGUUUCCAAGAAGGUUUGGAACUUGGAAUGAAUAUGCUAAAAAAUACUGUGAUGCUCGUGUCAGGUUUUUUGGUAAAAGAAGGCAAUGGGAUUGUAGAGGAGCUUCAAACUUAGAGGAACUACAUCAACUUUUAAGUGAAAUAAUGAUCAGAAGACUGAAGAAUGAUGUCCUAACUCAGUUGCCUCCCAAAGUCAGGCAGCGUAUUCCAUUUGACCUCCCACAAGCUGCAGCAAAGAAUCUGAAUGCCACUUUUGCAGAGUGGGAGAAAUUAAUGAGAAGUCUGAGUUCAGAUGCCUCUGAAAGCCACUUUUCUCAAGUCAUGAAUCUAAUCACACGCAUGUAUAAGGAAACAGCCAUUGCCAAGGCAGGAGCAGUCAAGGACUACAUCAAAAUGAUGCUUGACAAUGAUAAACUGAAGUUCCUUGUCUUUGCCCAUCACCUGAGCAUGCUGCAAGCCUGCACAGAGGCAGUGAUAGAGAGCAAGGCUCGCUACAUCCGAAUAGAUGGGAGUGUUCCCUCUGCAGAGAGGAUUCACCUCGUCAAUCAGUUCCAGAAGGACCCCGAAACCCGCGUUGCUAUUUUGAGUAUUCAGGCAGCUGGUCAGGGUUUAACAUUCACUGCUGCCACUCACGUUGUGUUUGCUGAAUUAUACUGGGAUCCAGGCCACAUUAAACAAGCAGAAGACAGAGCACACCGCAUUGGGCAGUGCAGCUCGGUGAACAUUCACUUCCUGAUUGCCAAAGGAACCAUGGACACCCUCAUGUGGGCAAUGCUCAACCGCAAGGCCAAAGUCACAGGCAGCACCUUGAAUGGCAAGAAAGAGAAAAUGCAGGCUGAAGAAGGUGAUAAAGACAAAUGGGAUUUUUUGAGUUUUGCUGAAACCUGGACCCCAAAUGAAAGUCUAGAAGUUCCCCAAAAUGAACUUUUAUUUACACAUUUUGAAAAGGACAGACAGCAUGACAUACGUUCCUUCUUUUCCCCCAAAUCCUCCACUGAGAAGAAACGCAAAAGAUUUUCUGGUGAAGAAUUGUUACAUAAUGAUUCAGAUUCUUCUGCAGUCACAAUAGAAGAGGAUGCAGAGAAGAGUGAUGAAAACUUGGAUUCCUCAAGGAUUAGUGAGGUGGAGGCAAUUUGUGAUGAAGAUAUUUGUGAACAUGAAGCCAAAAGAGCAAAGAGCAUAAGUGGAUCGACCCCAGUCAGCUCCAGUAAUAAAAAGAAAACAUCUCUGACUGGAAAAAAGCCUUCUUUGUUUUCAGAAAAAAACAGUCAACUCCGUCCUUGUGGCUUAAAUACUUCAAGUGAAAGUACAGAUUUAAAUAACGUUUGGCAUUGCAGUGCUUGCACUUACACUAACAAUGCUCUGCUGCCUUACUGUGAGAUGUGCCAUUGCCCCCAGGGCAGGGAUGGUGAGAGAAAUGGUGAAGCUCCCAGGAGCCAGAUGGAGGAAGGAGUGUCAGAGGAGCUCAGGAGAGAUGGAGAGAGAGCAGAAGGCAGAAGAGGAAAUUUGGGGGAAUUCGGGGCCCAGAAAUCUCUUGAAAUCAGAGAGCAGCAAGCUGUUGGCACUGAGAAGGAAGAAAGCGAAAAAGAAUGUGGAGAAGAUAAUUCGGACACAUUCCAAAUAUAUGAUGGGCUUAUGUUUUGUGCAAGCAAGAAUACUGACAGAAUCCACCUCUAUACAAAGGAUGGUGAACCACUGAAUCAUAAUUUCAUUCCACUGGACAUACAGCUGGAUAACUGGGAAGAUUUACCAGAGACUUUCCAGAACAAAAAAAAUCGUGCAUUGAUCCUGAGGUUUGUGAAAGAAUGGACUCAUCUAACAGCAAUGAAACAGAAGAUUGUCAGAAAAAGUGGUCAGAUAUUCUGUAGUCCCAUCCGUGCUGCAGAAGAGCUGUCUAAAAAGCAGUCGGUGGGCAGCAGCACAAAGAGGUAUGUGACCAGGGAGGAUGUGGCAGCAGCCUCGCUCUCCAAGGCCAGCAGCAGCGGGGGCAGCGUUCGCCUCAUCUCUAAAGAAAUAGGAGCUUCUCUGGACAAAGGUGCUUCUCCUAAACCAUCCACAAAAUUGCUUUCGGAAACCGGGAAUGAUCCCUCAACCCUUCCUCCAGGGCAGACUGAUGCUGCAGACUCCUCCCUGUCCAAAGGGUAUCUGCAGGCCCUGGACAAGCAGGGGACCCCGCUGUGUCUGAGCUGCCAGCAGCCAACAGCUCAGCCCCCACCCGGCUGCCCGGCCUGGGACACGCGCUUCUGCUGCCACGCCUGCCAGGAGGACUUCUCCAUCCGCUCCAGCCAGAGCUACCUCCGCUCCAAGGUGUUCCAGAUCGAGCACGGCGUGUGCCAGUGCUGCCAGCACAACGCCCAGGAGCUUUAUCUCAGCGUCAGGGAUGCACCCAGGAGUCAGAGGAAGCAGCUUCUGGAGAGCUCUUGGAUGUCUCACCUUCCCCUUGGGCAGCUGAAUGAGAUGAUCAGGAGCCCGGCGGAGGGGCAGUUCUGGCAGGUGGACCACAUCCAGCCUGUGUACAGUGGAGGAGGACAAUGCUCCCUGGAGAACCUUCAGACCCUGUGCACAGCCUGCCACAGAGAGGUCAGUGCAUGGAGCCAGGAAUCCUGGCCCUCUCAGGGGGAAACUGCACUUAGGCACCUCCUGAGCUCUGCUCCCUCCUGCUCAGAACCCCAGUGCUCAAAGCCUCUCCCUCCCAGACAGCCAAGGGGGAAGGGCAGCAUUAACUAUUACAAUAUGACGGUUUCCUCUGGAUUUGGGAAAAUGUUGUCUUAAUAAACAUUUGCAUUUCACCAUGCUGUCUACUGCAAAAACACACUGGAGUUUAACUGGAGGCUAAUGCUUUCUGCUGGACGUGUUUCCAAGUAUCAAUACUCACUGAACCAACCUGUCUCUCUCUUUUGCAGAGAACUGCAAAACAGGCCAAGGAAAGAAGCCAGCUGAAGAGAAGAUCUUUAGCUACAAAGUAUGCCUGUGAUAUCACCAAAUUUCUGGUGAAGAAGUAAAACGGACAAUACAUUCAGGUACAUCCUAACUGUGAAACCAAUAUAGUUAGAGUUUUCCUCUUGCACUGAUCUAACAAAAUUGCUGUUAUCAUGCUGUUGGUAGAGAGAAGAAAAUAAGUAAACCAAAGAAAUUAUCUGUAACAUCCAAAGUACUUGAUCAUCAUGUUUUUUAAUGGCUCUGGUUUAAAGCUCAAUUUCUGUGUGCAACUUUAAUGCCAUUUUGAAGCAUUAUGGUUUCCUCUUGCAGGGUAGUUAGCGCUGCAAGAAUUUAAGGAAGUUCUGUUGAACCUGCUGGUGGUAUUACAGAAUUCAAUUGUAUUGGGAACUUCAUGGACCUAGACGAUGUCUUAGUUUUAAUUAUUUUUGUUGCUCACAUACCAAAAUCACAGAAUAAAAUACAGCAAUUAUGACAAAAA